AGGAUAAGUUAAGCCAAUUAUCCACAGGAAGCCACCCUUCCCCCCCCCCAAGACACCGCGCCAGAACUGAGUGCCCCAGCACCGUAAGCCGCCUGCCCUAUCGUCUUCCGUCCGCAGGCCAAUCCCCCUCGAUCCACCAGACCGCGUCCGGAACCUGAAGCCUUCUUUCUCCAUUGCCCCGCUUUCGAGUGCCUAUAAAGAUCAUUCGCCAGGGCCACCACGUCCAUCGAGUGAGCAAACCGGUACGGGGUCGCUUUGUCAUAGCGACAGGAAUCGAGCCACACCAUCCAUCUGCCCCCCUGACCGCCAGGCAUCGUCAUCACCAUGUCCCGGCCCUUCAAAGUCGUCGUUGUUGGUGGGGGCGUCGGUGGAUUAACACUGGCGCUCACACUCGCCAAAGCCGGGAUCGACUACGUGGUUCUGGAGGCGUAUCCCGAGAUUUCUCCUCAAGCUGGUGCGAGCAUCGCCAUUUUUCCCUCCGGUGCGAAGACGUUGGACCAGGUUGGGGGGAUAUUGGAGGACCUGCGCACCAUCUCUUCACCGGUACAUACGGCCUACGCGAGGGAUGAUAAGGGGAAGCCGAUGUAUAUCGUCAAUAUUCUGAGGUGCAUUGAUAGGUAAGUCUUUUCUUCUCCUUCUCCCUCUUCUUCCUUUACCAGCAACGGGGAUUGGGGAGGCGGGAGAGCUGCCAUCUUGGUUGACUUUGUGUUUUCGUUGCUAGAUCCGGAUACCCGGCUGUGUUCCUCCCCCGGCAGCAGUUACUCGCGUUGCUGUAUAAGCAUGUUCCGGAUAAGUCAAAGGUUCUGCCCGGAAAGAAGGUGGUGAAGGUGGUGCAUUCGGACACCGGUGUUCGAGUGAUCACCAAAGAUGGAGAUGAGUUUGCAGGCGAUGUCGUGGUGGGCGUGGAUGGAGUGCACAGCACAAUCCGACAAGAGAUGUGGGCCUUGGCCGACAGAUUGAGUCCCGGACUGAUCACGGAGAAGGAAAAAGACAGUAAGCUUCGAUUAUGGGGAGCCGCCAGCCCCAAAUCCGAUCAAACCUCUAUGCUAACGAACGAACAGCGCUCUCGGCGGAGUACUGCGCUGUGGUUGGCAUAGCUUCGCCCCAUCCGGGAUUUGAGCAGGACUGUAGCCAUGUCAAUCACAACCAUGGUCGCUCGUCCAUAAUUGUUACGGGCUACGGAGGGCUCAACUUUUGGUUUCUGUUUGAGAAGCUGGACAAAAUCUACAGGGUUCCGAACAUUCCAAAGCUCACGGAGGAGGACGGAAGAAGACUCGCGGAGAAGAGGCUGGGGGACCUCGUCACGGGGGACAUCACGUUUAAGGAGCUAUGGGAUAGGACGACUACUUAUGUCACGGUUCCCCUGGAAGAGGGAUGUUUCGAGCACUGGCAUUACGGGAGGAUGAUCGUGAUUGGUGAUGCAGUACACAAGGUUAGCUAUGACUGCACCCACCACUAUAGCCAACUCCCCCAAACGUGUCGGUCACGCUGACACAGAUACAGGUCACUAUCAAUGCGGGGCUCGGGGCGAACGCUACCAUUGAAAGCGCUGCAGCUCUAACCAAUGGCUUGCACCGCGCAGUAAAGGCCCAUCCGGAAGGCCUUAGCUCGGAAAUGAUCGAUAAAGUAUUCGCAGACGUGCAAGCCCACCGUAAAUCUCCCAUAGAGUCCGUCCUCAGCGUCGCCGCACAAACAACGCGCAUAGAGUCAUGGGCGACCACAACUCUAAGACUCGCCUCCAAGUAUUUCAUCAAGCACCUGAUUGGCGAGGACUACCUGUGGGAUUCACAGGUGGAUCUUCUGAUACGCACGGAAAAGCUCGAUUUCCUGCCCGACUCCGAUAAAGGUGCUAUUCCGAAGAUUUACAGCCCUCGCUAUCCGAGCGGGAGGGCUAAGCUGAUCAACGGGAUUGCGUACAUAUUGCCGGCGUUCGCGCUGUUGGGGUGCUGGCUGGGUAUGCGGAGUUCGGCAUUGAUGCCCGCCGAGGUGAGCGAGAGGAUUAGUCAUGAAGCAGCGGAGACUGGAAUACCCGGUUUCGGAAUCUAUUCCAGUGGUAGAUUCGGGUUGGCCAGGAUUUUUACCACCAGCUUUUCUAAUCUUUCGGAUUCCCUAACCGGCGACAAACAAUCGGACCGCAAGCUUAAGGUUUUUGCUGCUCAAACUGCGCUGAGCCUUUUCCCAAUUCUCACAAUCAUGGUGGUGGAGAGCCUAAGGCGUGGAAAUACAUUGACAUUGCCGAAGAUGUGAGUUGCACCAUUCGCCCUCCCAAAUCGCGGGUUCUGACUUUGGAACAGCCCCACAUUCUGGGGCUUUCUGUACCAGAUAUUCCCGAUAUCGGUGGUGCUUCCGGUUUACUUCUUCUUCCACGCAUAUCAGAUCACUCCGGCCAAGUACUAUGAAAAGAACUUUAUCAGUAUCCCCACGGCACACGCAAAGUCUCUCAUUCCCACUCUCAUCAUAUCAUUCCUCAUCCCAACCUCAAUCAUGCUGCUCCGGGAGCAAAGCUUGAGGGCAUCCAUGGCGCUUUGGUUGCCAUUCCCUAUAUACACAGCAAUAGUGCACCAAAUCCUGAAAUCAUUCUUCGUCACCCCCGCACUACCCACGAAGAAUGCGGACCUACCCUACAUCCGUGGGGCAUACCUCUUAAGCUUUGCAGUCUCCGCAUCGGCGCACUACUAUGCACUAUGCACCGCAACCAUGACCGGCGACUCCCUCCUCACCUUCGCAGCCCGUCUGGUCCCAGGAGCUCCUCCGAUUCACGACAACUCAUUCGUCGAGGCGGGAGUAGGCAUCGUGCUCACUGAGUACCUCGUUGCGUUCGCCGCGGGGCUAGCUUGGGUUUUGGUACUGCUCAAUGACGUGAAGAGGUUCCGGAAGACUGCUGCUGGGUGGUUGGAACUACUAGGGUACACAAUCGCGGCUUCGGCGAUGUUUGGGCCUGCAGCGACUGUUCUCGCGGCAUAUGCGUGGAGGGAAGAGUUAUUGAGGGUUUGAUUGGAACUGCAGAGGGGAGGGUUACCUAGACUAGAUAGUGCGGCGGGUUGACUCCUUAGACAUUGAUCCCGGGAUAGCCUAGUGGCGGGAUAUGAUUUUACGCCGGGCUUUUCUUUGUUUCCUUUUUUCCUUUUUCCUUUUUUUAUUGUCGAAAAAGUCGUCAUGUGUGAUUCUGGCAUGCAUAGUACCGUAUAUGUCGUACUAUGCCCGUUCACUAGCCUUUGUGCACAUUUUAUUAGCAUCGCACACAACGAGAUCAUGAGCAAGGCUCUUUUCUCGCUCCCUUCA